UCCCAAACCAAACGCGUUUUUCGGCUUCAGUCACCUGUCCUCCUCCUCACCUUGUGAAGUCGAACUCCCCGUACAAUCCGCUCCUCGGUUUCGCUUGCGUGCCGUAGCGGGCUAUGCUUUCUUCCUCCAAGCUUUCUUUUGUGCAAAGCAUUUCCACAAUUCUCCAGUCAUCUGUCUUUCGAGCACUGAAUAGUUUGACUUCUCCAUCGGACCACAUCCGUCCGAUCGAUUAAUCGCUCGUUUCGCAACAAGAUCGCACGGGCGUGAUAACAUGGGCUACAUGAGGAACGGCGACGCAGGCUUGCCGGAGAUUAGUCCUCUAGGAGCCUCGUCAGUCCGAGUCCAUGCUACUGCUAUUAUAAGUAAUGGUAAUACUACUACUACAAACGCGUACGUAAGCGACAUUGACGAUUGCGACCGGAUUAAUGUCCCGGAAGGCGCGAUGCGCCGGCUACAGAUGAUCGCGGGGUUCUGCUACGUCUUCAUGCUCGUGCUCCUCGCUAUUCGCGUCUCCGUCUUGGCGUCAGAACCACACUGAAACCCGCUCAUCAAAACGAGGAAAACCAAUGCGAGUGAUUUUUUUUUUCUUUUCAUUUUUUUUUUUUUCGCAAACCAGCGUCCCUCCGUCGCGGUCGGCCGAGCCUGAUUUGCGUUCCUUCCUCUACAAGCACUAGGCAUUUCUGAUGAGAUGAGCCGAUUUUUGCGGCGCCUCAGAGCCAGUUUUUACCCUCCCCUCCCCUGCGAAAGCGUAGUUAGAGGCUUCAAUGUAUGCUGUGUGCUCAAUGCAUACUCGGUAUAAAAUUUGCUGAUUCGCUAAUGGCCUGUUCUUGGUAUGGUCUGUCAUGUAGACCCCACCCGCUGGAGGAACCUCAAUGCACUGUAUUGUCUC